AUGUGUCAAGUGCUGAAGAUGGGUCACGCCGUAGCAUUUCUGAUGCUGAUUUGGAUGCCGUUAAUUACUGUGUCGCAUCAAGCAGAACUGGAACAGGCUACAAACUAUCUAAAGCGAUACGGCUAUCUGUCUACAUCACUUCUUUACUCUGAAGAGCAAGAACUGAAGCUGGAGCAAAUAACUGAGGCACUGGGAAUAUUCCAGAAAGUGACAGACCUACCAGUCACAGGCAGGUUGGACAACGCCACGCUAGCCAUGAUGAAAAAGCCACGCUGUGGCCUUGUGGACCCCUUUAACAACAAAACUCUCAAAUAUCGUUUACUAGGUUACUGGCGUAAGAAGAAGCUGACUUACCGUAUCUAUAACUAUGCUCCUGGUUUGGGAAUGGAUCAAACACGGGCAGCUCUAAAGACAGCAUUCAGGUACUGGAGUGACGUUACACCUCUCCAGUUCUCCGAGGUCACUGAGGGAAACGUUGACAUCAAAAUAUCCUUCCACAAGAGGGACAAUGUCUGCCCUGUGCCAUUUGAUGGACCAGGAGAUGUUCUGGCUCACGCUGAAGGUCCAGAAUCUGGUAUAGUGCACUUUGAUGCAGAGGAGCUGUGGACUGAGGGGCGAAACUAUGGAGCAAAUCUGAGAAUUGUAGCAGCCCAUGAGAUAGGCCAUGCCCUUGGUUUAGACCACUCGCAGUAUUCCAGUGCUCUCAUGGGCCCUGUGUACACUGGUUACCGUGACAACUUCAAGCUCCAUCCAGAUGAUAUCCGUGGGAUCCAGGCACUGUAUGGUAAACCUGAGGAACAACCGCCAAUUACCUCAGACUCACCUCUGCCUGAUCCCUGCACUGCCUCACUCGAUGCUAUAAUGUUGGGGCCGUUCCACAAGACGUUUGCAUUCAGCGGAGACUAUGUAUGGACGAUAUCAGAUGAUGGCUAUAACACUCCAAUACAGAUUAACAUCCUGUGGAAGGAACUGCCUGGUUAUUUAAGUGCUGCCGUGCAUUCACAAAGGACCAACAAGUCCUACUUCCUUAAAGGUGAUAAAGUUUGGAGGUAUUCCGGCUUUAAGUUAGACCAUGGUUAUCCCAAACUGCUUGCUAUCCCUCCAAACAUCGAUGCCGCCUUUUACUCCUACAGCAAUAAAAAACUCAUUUUUAUCAAGGGUUCCGAGUACUGGCAGUGGGAUGAACUGGGUUCCCCUGAUGAACUGAAACAAUUUCCUAAACCCCUCUCCAGUCUCGUCACUGGGUUUCCGUCUAAUCCAGAUGCAGCGCUCGCCUGGAAUAACGGUCAUGUUUACGUUUUUAAAGGAGACCAGUACUGGCGUGUGAGUCCCAGACACUUCAUCGAGAAGGGUUACCCACUAAGCAUGAGAGCGCGCUGGAUGCAGUGCGGCCAUUAACUCACUCACAGCUGUAAUGAUUUAAAUGUCACUAAGCAUUAAACAUUAAGACAUCUGAGUCAGAACACUGAUUUAGAAAAUAUACACGGAAUAUACACUGUAUAACUGUUGUGGCUAUUUUACUGAAUUUACUAAAUAUGUAAUUUAUCAUGGAGCCUUCCACUACUAACCCUGAGCACAAUUUUAGACAUAGGAUUUCUGUGCUGAAGCAUUAAGUGUAGGACUUGUUGCACAUCUUGUUUUGAAUGACACAUUUGUCAGUGUUCACAUCCAGCGCAAAUUGCUUGCCACUGACAAACACAAUCAAGUUACACACGAUAAAGGUUUUUGGUACACACAAGGCCACCACUGACUGCAAUCUCACAAACAUUCUAGAGUUUUUGGUAAUAAAUUAUAGUGUAUGUAUUAUAUGUGCAUGUGAGUAUUCUAGAUAUUUCCUUAUAGUAAUCUACACUCUUACACAAAACACCUUUGAGGAACGCUUUUCUAUGAGGAAAUGCAUUACAGCCUGAAACAAUCAUUAAACUCAAGACAGCUGAUAUAUGAAUAGCAUGGUUUUAUUUGUGUGGCAAACAAAUUGUUCUAAUGUAGUACAUACUGUACAGCAAUACAAUCCUUAGGGAAGGCAGUUGUGUAAAUGUAACCAGUUCCCAAGAGAGCGAGAGCGAGAGAGCAAAUAAAUGCGAUCAUAAAGCACCUUAUCCACAGCUGAGGUCAGAGAUAUAAUUUGUGCUGUUUGAUAGUGAGUGUGUAGUAAAAUUCUAGGAUUAGGGUGCUUUCACCUUAAUGCAGUGUUUAAUCCGUAUAUUUUUCCAUUUUCAGCCCUACAUGUCCCUCAGCGUCGUCUUUUUCUAAAAAAAAAAAAAAAAUUAAAAAAAUUGUUUAAAUAUGUGCAUUUUGAAACCAAACCAAACAGCACGUGAACCAACAGUAUAACUUUUGCCUUGAUUUGGACUCGGCCGAUAGACUAAUAGGUGUGAAAGCAUCCUUCGUGGUGUGCCGGGAUCCGACGUGCCCGACUAAAAAUUGUGGGAGUGGGUGGUUUUCACUCUCAUGCAGG